CAAGCACGCAGUUGGUGUAGGAAGUCUGCAAAGCAGAACAAGCAACCAUAUCCAUCUGUGUCAACAGAUUCCCGCUUCACCACUCUGCCAGCCUUUCCUCCUCAGAGCCACCGAUCUGUUCCUGAACACCCAAAAGAAAUGGGUCAAAACAAGGUACACCACGCAAAUGGCCUUGGUCAUUAUCUUGGUUUCUCACAGCAGGACUUGAGACACAGUGGUCGAGGAGACUUCACAAGCAGAUCCAGCAGUGCCUCCAGCAUUUCAUGGUCAUUUAAACGAAGCAAGUCUCUGUUCUGCUUGCCCACAGUGAACUCCUCAGCCUCAGAGACUUUUAAUUUCAGUGAACCAUUUCAGUUUUUAAAUACUGGGUCACCUGCAACCAGGUUGAAAACAUGGAGAUGCAGCCCCAGGCUUAACGUUGACGACUUGGAGGGUGCCCAGGAGACUGAUGUAGACACAGGGAUGAAGCUGUCCUUCUCAGACCUGUCUGUCGUCUCUGCAUACUCUGCCCUUAAUGGAUUUUGCAGUGACUUGGAAGGCUCUCUUCCCCCACAGAAACAAACUGUCAGUAAGGCUAAACAGGCAGCCACCAAUGGAAGGCCUGUAUCAGCCAUGUGCAAUACCUUUGAUUCGGUUGAUGGGUCACUGCCUUUUCUUUCUGAAUGGUCUUCCAGCUCAUUCACAUCAGCAUCUCUCUCCAAGCCGCCUAAACAUUCCUCGAGAGCAGCUCCUUGCUCUCUGGAUGGUCGUGGUAGCAUUUGCCCAGCGUCACCAGCUGAUGAAGAAGAAUUUUACAUUUGA